AUGGGGGUGUCUUUCACCAAGCUUUUCAGCCGAUUGUAUGCCAAAAAGAAGUUGCGGAUUGUUAUGGUAGGUCUUGAUGAUGUCUGUAAGACCACUAUACUGUACAAGCUCAAGCUGGGAGAAAUAGUCACAACCAUCCCCACAGUUGGAUUCAAUGUGGAGACAGUCGAAUAUAAGAACAUUAAGUUCACUGUUUGGGAUGUUGGGGGUCAACAAAGGUAUAAGAUUCGGCCAUUGUGGAGACAUUACUUUCAGAAUACUCAAGGUGUAAUCUUUGUAGUUGAUAGUAAUGAUCGAGAUCGUAUUGUUGAGGCUAGGGAUAUAAUGCAUAUGAUGUUAAACGAGGACGACCUAAGGAAUGCUGUGUUGCUUGUUUUUGCUAACAAAAAUGAUCUUCGAAAUGCUAUGAGUGUUGCUGAGAUAACUGACAAGCUAGGACUUCACUCUCUCCAGCAACGCCAAUGGCACAUCCUGAGUACAUGUUCCACCUCCGGGGAAGGGCUAUACGAGGGGCUGGAUUGGCUCUCGGACAACUUCGCUGAUAAGGCUUAAGAAAGAAAGAUGCUGGAUGAUUUUUGGUGACUUAAGUGAAGAUUUAGACUUUCA